AUGCGAUACUACGACCAGCGGUAUCCUGAGGUAGAUGAACUAGUCAUGGUCCAAGUUCGGCAGAUAGCAGAAAUGGGAGCGUAUGUCAAACUUCUCGAAUAUGACAAUAUUGAAGGCAUGAUUCUACUCUCCGAGUUGUCUCGCAGGCGCAUUAGAUCAAUUCAGAAGCUGAUCCGUGUCGGAAGGAAUGAGGUUGUGGUCGUUCUCAGGGUAGAUAAGGAGAAGGGCUACAUUGAUUUGUCCAAACGCCGUGUAUCUCCUGAGGAUAUCACCAAGUGUGAAGAACGGUACAUGAAAUCGAAGACUGUUGCCUCGAUAAUGCGUCAUGUCGCCUCGAAGUUGCCCUCUCUAACCGCUGAUGGACCCGAACAGGCAGAAUCGAACGAGGAAGAGCGUUUGGAGCAACUCUACGAGCAGAUUGCUUGGCCGCUGGGGAAAAAAUAUGGACACCCUUACGACGCGUUCAAAUUAGCUUUGACUGAGCAAGAAGCCGUUUUCUCCUCUUUGCCGCAUCCGGUACAAUCUUCCACCAUGACAAUCCUCAUGAAUACUAUUGCACGACGACUGACACCACAGCCGAUCAAGCUUCGUGCAGAUAUCGAAGUUACUUGUUAUACUCCGGCUGGUAUCGAUGCUAUCAAGAAGGCCCUGCGUGCAGGCGAACAGGAAAGUAACGACGCUGUUCCUAUCAAAGCGAAACUGGUGGCUCCUCCAUUAUACGUUUUGAGUACGAAUGCAACAGAUAAGUAUGCUGCUGUGGAUCGUUUGGAGCGUGCGAUCGAGUCCAUUCAAUUGAACAUAGAGAAGAAUGGCGGAUCUCUCGUUGUAAAGAUGAAGCCAAAAGCAAUUUCUGAAACGGAAGAGCAAGAUCUGGCGCAGCUCAUGGCGAAGGCUGGCCAGGAGAAUGCAGAAGUAUCUGGGGACGAGGAGGACGAGGAUGCGAUGUGA